CAAUCUAAUUCCGUUCCCGGCGAUGUCAAUAGUUUCCGAGCUUCACUGGAAGCUCCGGCAGCCGGAAACCUAUACGGAUCUGAAAGAUCCGUCUCAUUUCCGGCCAAAAUCGGGCUAUCCGAUUCGCGAUUUCAAACAAUGCACAUCUCUUUCGUCAUGGGACGACUCGUAGUGCUUCUGAAGGAAAAGUAUGGUGUUGGCAUCCCGGUUUGGGUCAUCAUAUAGCAUGCAUUGCGAAAUGAUUGAAUGUUGCAGUGUCAUGAAGAAUAAGGGAAUGCUCAAAACAAACGAGACCAGUGUUGGUUUUUGUUCCUCUUCACUGAGUUUCUCAAAGAGAAUGCAGCAAGUGCAUUUGGGUUGUGGUGGAGGAGGAUCUAUGAGAGGAUACAGGUUGAUUGUUGCUGCAAGUCCUGCAACAGAGGAUCUUGUUAGGACCACUGAGCCUUUAAUGAAAGAAGACCUUGUUGGAUAUCUUGCUUCUGGAUGCAAGACAAAGGAAAACUGGAGGAUAGGUACUGAGCAUGAAAAGUUUGGGUUCGAGCUUGAUACUUUGCGGCCCAUGAAGUAUGACCAAAUAGUUGACUUGCUUAAUGGCAUUGCUGAGAGAUUUGAUUGGGAUAAAAUAAUGGAAGGCGACAAAAUUAUUGGACUGAAACAGGGAAAUCAAAGCAUAUCACUGGAGGCCGGUGGUCAAUUUGAGCUUAGUGGUGCACCACUUGAAACUCUUCAUCAAACUUGUGCCGAAGUUAAUGCACAUCUUUACCAGGUAAAGGCUGUUGCAAAGGAGAUGGGAAUUGGAUUUCUUGGAAUUGGAUUCCAACCAAAAUGGGGGCUAAAAGAUAUACCAGUAAUGCCAAAGGCGAGAUGCGAGAUCAUGAGAAACUAUAUGCCAAAUGUCGGCUCACUUGGACAUGAAACCAUGUUUAGAACGUGUACAGUUCAAGUGAAUUUAGACUUCAGUUCUGAAGCUGACAUGAUAAACAAGUUUCGUGCAAGUCUUUCAUUGCAGCCUAUUGCUACAGCUUUGUUUGCAAAUUCACCUUUUACAGAAGGAAAACCUAAUGGUUAUCUCAGUGUGAGAAGCUACGCCUGGACGGACACAGAUAAGAAUCGUACGGGCAUGCUUCCUUUUGUCUUUGAUGAUUCCUUUGGGUUUGAGCAGUACGUAGACUAUGCACUUGAUGUCCCUAUGUAUUUUGUCUAUCGAAAUAAGCAGUACAUUGAUUGUAGUGGAAUGUCCUUCAGGGACUUUAUGGCAGGGAAAUUGCCACCUAUACCUGGAGAAUAUCCCACACUCAAUGACUGGGAGAAUCAUUUGACAACAAUAUUUCCUGAGGUGAGGCUCAAAAGAUACAUGGAAAUGAGAGGCGCUGAUGGAGGACCUUGGCAAAGGUUAUGUGCAUUGCCUGCUUUUUGGGCAGGUCUAUUGUAUGAUGAUAUAUCUUUACAAAGUAUUGUGGACAUGACAACAGAUUGGACUGUUGAAGAAAAAGAGAUGUUGAGGAAUAAGGUGCCUACAAGCGCAUUGUAUACACCAUUCCGAGAUGGUCUGCUCAAACAUGUUGCCCAAGAUGUGGUAAAGUUAGCAAAAGAAGGUCUGGAAAGACGGGGCCUUAAGGAAACAGGGUUUCUAAAUGAAGUCUCUGAAGUGGCCAACACAGGUGUCACGCCGGCUGAGAAGCUCCUGGAUUUGUACUUUGGGAAAUGGGGACAGAAUGUUGAUCAUGUUUUCGAGGAGCUUCUUUAUUGAGGCUAAAAGAGAACCUUUAAGGGGCUGUUUGGUGUCCAAUAUUGUGUUGUAACCUUUCUCCAACCUCUGAAUAAAGGUUUUCUUUUUUCUCUCUUUCCCGUGGCAUUUGGAAUAAAGCUUUGGAUUGUGAUACAGAGAUGUAUUUGAUCUGGCCAGUGCUAUUGUAGAAUUCUUA